AUGGAUCUACCCGCAUCAGCCGCCGAUCCGAAGCCGAACGCGCGUACCGCGUCCGCAGCUUCCUUCGACGAUGUUGACGCUAGCCAGUCGACGAAACGAGCCAGAGCGAACAAUCAACAAGUUGUCGACAACGCAUCCCACGGCGCUUCACAGCAGCUGACUGCAAUGAAGAAUGCACAGCGUUCCCUGACGGCCGGCUCAACCAAGCAGCGCAAAGCAAUGAAGAAAAAACCGAGCGGACCCUUCAGCAAAAACUGGAACAAGCGUGGGCUAAAGCACCUGAUCUACUAUCCCGAUCAUUAA